AUGAGACCUCUUUCCCCUAGGAUUCCGGCCUUGCUCCAACGACAGCCGUCUCAACAGGAAUUGGAAGUUGCAAGGCAACUCGUCGAGCAUUCACAGUCUGCGUACCCGCAGUACGAUCCACAACUAUCCGACGAAUCGUCCCGGAUCAUGCAGCAAACUACAGAACAGCUCAUAGCUGCCGCACACGGACGUGACAGCGAUAUGGGUGGCAACAUGCAUCAGCAAAAUCCCCAACCUUCGCCCGGACCAUCAAUCGCAGAGUCGGCUACCAGCUCACGAACAUCACCCACCACCGGCCCAUCACCAGGAGGACAGWUGUGCAGCAAUUGUGGCACCACCAAGACCCCUUUGUGGAGAAGAUCCCCCGCAGGUGCAGUAAUAUGCAAUGCAUGCGGUCUCUAUUACAAAGCUCGCAAUCAGAUGCGACCUGUGGAAAUGAAGCGAGGAGCAGCCUCAACCUCUCAGCCUGCUGAUGGUCAGUCUCAUGACAGACAGCCUUCGCCGCCAUCUAAUCGUGCGACAUAUGUCGCGGCGGACCAAAUCCAGGCUGGAACAUGUCCAGGAGGUGGUCGUUGCAAUGGUACGGGUGGAAAGGAGGGUUGUGGUGGAUGUCCUGCCUACAACAACCGCAUCUCGAAGACAGCCCAAUUUGCGCUACGACAGGCAACCACGGAUCCAUCUGAACCGACUCCUUMGCAGCAGCACAUGCAGACCAUUGUACAAAACUACAUUCCGCCCUCUCAAUCAGCAACAAGCGUCGUUGUGGCAUGUCAGAACUGCGGGACGACGGUCACACCGCUAUGGCGUCGGGAUGAGGCAGGCCACACUAUUUGCAACGCAUGCGGUCUUUACCACAAGCUCCAUGGUAGCCACCGGCCAGUCCAGAUGAAGAAGGCGGAAAUCAAGAGACGGAAACGAGUCGUCCCUGCGACAGGAGGCCAGCACGUCGAACAUCCCUAUCCCAACGAAAAUUUGAGCGAUUCGGGCCAUUCAGACCAACCUUCUGUACAGCCCUCGCUCAUGGAUAUGGGACCCGAAGGCGAGUCCUACGCACAAGCGUAUGAGACCGUUCCCCUACGUACCAUCCCAGUGGACUUCACAGAAGCCUUUCAGCAACGGCGGGUCUCGGGUGAGAGCAGAAAGAGGACAUUCACAGAUCGAGGGCAUGGCGAAGACACGGACCAUUAUCAAAAUGAGGGAACGCCGCUGGAGGAUGAGAACAUAGACCCGUCUUUGCCGCAUCGCGGGUCAGGCUCAAGUGACUCCAAAGGCAGCCGCAGAGCAGAGCUGCAAAGAGAGGCGGAGAAUAUGCGGCGGCGUUUGUUGGAGACGGAGAGACAGCUUGCAGAGCUUGGUGAAGAAGGAUGA